AUGACCUCCCAACAUCUUCUUCCACGCAUCCUCCUUAAAUAGCGACGUGAUCUCCUCAGCUUUCUUCCCCAUGGGGCUCCAUCGGAGCAAAGCUCUGCAGCCAGCCAGCUGCUAGCCGCGCGUCAAUUCAGACGGCACACCAAACUCCACCUCACCAUCGAUCGGUGUCGCCAAUGCCAUCGCUCAUCGAUGGCGCGGCCUCACUGCGGUCACUCCUCCGGCCGUCCUCCGAUGGCCGCCGGACGACGAAGCUGUCCGGCGGUGGGGGCGGCGGCGGCGCCGGCGGCGUGGGCGGCAUCUUCAAGAUGUUCAAGCUGCUGCCGAUGCUCACCACGGGAUGCAAGAUGGCCGCGCUGCUGGGGCGGCACAGCGGCGGCAGGGCGGCGCCCCUCCUCGCCGACCACGCGCCGACGGUGACGCUGUUCGGGCACCGGCGCGGGCGGCUGAGCCUAGCCAUCCACGAGGACACGCGCGCGCCGCCGGCGUUCCUCAUCGAGCUGCCCAUGCUGGCGAGCGCGAUGCACAGGGAGAUGGCCACGGGCACCGUGAAGCUGGCGCUGGAGAGCGACACCCGCAGCGCGCGGCGGCGGCUGCUGGAGGAGUACGUCUGGGCCGUGUUCUGCAACGGCCGCAAGGCCGGGUACGCCAUCCGGCGGAAGGACGCGUCGGACGACGACCGCCACGUCCUGCGCCUGCUGCGCGGCGUGUCCAUGGGCGCCGGGGUGCUCCCGCCGCCGCCCGCCGACCGCAGGGGGGGCGCGGGCCCCGACGGCGAGCUCACCUACAUGCGCGCCCGCGUCGAGCGCGUCGUCGGGUCCAAGGACUCCGAGGCGUUCUACAUGAUCAACCCCGACGACGGCAGCGACAACGGCGGCGCCGCCGGCCGCGACCGCGAGUGCGCCCCGGAGCUGAGCAUUUUCCUAGUGAGGAAGAAGUGAGCGAGGAAACGAGUAUUUUACAUAGUAUUUAUACUGUUCUCUUGUGAAUACAACUAUAUAUAUACACACACAAGUACACACAUUAUAUGAUCGAGCUAUAUAUUAAUAGUAUGCUUGUGUAAUUGUGAUGAUCAGACAAUCGUCCCAAUUAAUCACCUCGCCCCUCAUUGCAAUGAUCAUUCGCUA